AUGAGGCCAUCCUACCUGCUGGAGAAGUUCAUCAUUCUGGAGGAGAUCUACUGCCUGUUUCGGGAGUAUCACAAGAUCGAGCUCUUCAAGAUUCUGAGGAGCUACAGCCUGGAGACCAUCAACAAGACCCUGAUUAUGCAGGCGUUUCUUCCGCAGAUCUUUCAAGCUUGGCGAGCCCAAAUAGCCCGAUUUCAUCGAGCAGCUGGUCAUCCGAUUGCUCGCAAUUUGGCGAGAAUGCUUCAAGAUGCACAAGUGGAGAAGUGGAAGAUCAAGGAGGCAUUUCAAUAUCGAUGUCCAGUUUGCGAAGAACACAAACCUGGUGGAAAGUCAUCGCGACAGGUGGCUCCUAUGUCCAUACGUCCUUUGCCUCAGCCCUGGGAACAUCUUGGAAUCGACAUCACCGAGUGGGAGGUCCCUGGAAUUGACCUCAAGGUGAAGUUCAUGGUGAUGAUGGACAUGGCCACUCACUAUCGCGUGACUGAGACCUUGGCGACCUAUCCCUACAGCAAGACCUACGUGGAAACAGCGGAUGAUGUGCUUCGAGUCCUUCUGACUCGAUGGAUCAUGGACAAGCCCAAGCCGAAGAUCUUGAUCCCUGACAAUGCCAACACCUUCCUCUCCCAGAAAGUGAUGGAAUUCUGUGCGGACGUUGGUAUCACUGUGAUGCCACCUCCUGACAAUGAAAGUUGGGCACAUGGAGUUGUGGAGAGGACGGUGCAGCAUCUCAAGGAAGCUGCCAACAGGAUCUACAGCUCUUCACCUGACCUUCCUCCUGCUCAAGUGGUGGCCUUGGCAACUUCAGCUUUGAACAGUACUGAGUUCCACCGUGGCUACACCAGUUUGCAAUGGGCAUUUGGUCAGCAAACAACACUGACCGAGGAGGAGCUUCGACAACAGAUUUCCCUUCCUGUGGAGCGACAGCAAGAUCAAUAUCUUCGACUACUCUCUCAACGAGAAGCUGCAGAGCAACAUGCUCGAAAAGCUCGAGCGACCUUGCUGUUUUCCAAGUUGAAGAACACCUCCAUCAAGCAGCCUGUGCGAACUUUUCACAUGGCUCAGCCUGUCAUGGUCUGGCGGAAGUUUCUCCCUCACACCAUCUACAAGGGGAGAAAAGGAGGUAGAAAACACACAGCCAAACCCCGAUGGGUUGGACCGGGAAGAGUGGUCUUUCAUGAAUUGGUGCCCGGUCAGACAGAAUCUGAUCGAAAGCAGAUUGUCUGGGUCAUCCUUGGGAACAUCCUCUACCGAGCUUCAGUCCACAGUGUGCGACCUUUGUCAGCCCGAGAACAAGAACUACAUGAAACUCAUGGAGAUGAAUCACAUCGAUGGAAGGAGCUCACAGACAUGAUCCCACGGAGGAACUAUGUCGACAUUGAACCUGAACAACCUGAAGACGGAGAGAUCGAAGAACCUUACCUUCCUCCAGUUCCUGGACCUCUUACCAUGAAGCCAAAAAUGAGAUUCUGGAGGAAAGACACUAUGUCGAACUAUGGAGAUCCUCUCAGCCAACGUCUUCAACGAGCACUUCCUGCACUUCCUCCUGAAGUUCCCUUUGAGAUCCCGAAUGACAAGGUCAAUGAGUAUGACUCCGACGUCGUCCCAUCACCAUCACCACCGUGUUCAGUGGAGGAGAUUCCCAGCGAUCGAGAAGCAGGUUCGAAACCUACCUCAAGGAGAACAUCACUUGCUUCAGCCCCACCAAUUGCUGAAGAACCUGACGGAGGAGAACAUGGACCUCCACAACCUGCUGCUGAGGUGGUGGAUGAUACACCAGUGCCAGAGCCUGACCAGAAGAAGGCCAAGCUCGACGAUGAGGGCGAGGCUGAUGCACUUUUGGACUUUAACAGCGCAGUGACCCAGAUGCGCCAACUCCAAUCCUUGGUUCCAUGGACCUUCAUGGACGAAUUGGAGACUUUUUCUGAUGCGUGA